AUGUCUAGGGAGACCUUUGCCUUCACUUCCUCCACCCUGCGUGCGCUGCGCCUGCAGAGAGAGCGGCUGGAGUGGGAGGAUCGGCGGAGGGCUCUCUCGAGGCAAUGCCUGACCAGGAGGUUCCCACCGGCCACCAGCAGCUCCCUGCUCCCCAAGCCCGCCCGGCGUCCCCGGUACUGCCGGGACCCUGCUGUCCACAACAUCCUGUACACCGGGGACCUGCAGACCAUCAAGAACAUCUUCAAAGACGAGGCUGUCGCGAACGUGAUCGUGGAGACGGUCAGCGAGGAGCUGAUGUGGUCGGCAGAGCUGGGGCUGUGGGUCCUGAGCCCUCAGAAGAAGCACACGUCCCCCUUGCGGAUCGCGGCGGCCAGAGGCUAUCGGGACUGCGUGAAGCACCUGAUUCUGCAGGGGGCAGAGGUCGACGCCGUGGUGGGCGGGAAGGCUGCCCUCCAUGACAGCUCCAUCCACCAGCGUGCCGAGUGCGCCCAGCUGCUCCUGAACUAUGGCGCCAAUGCCAAUGUGCUGUCAGAGGAGGGGCUGGCCCCGCUGCAUCUCUGCACCUCCCCGGAGACCUUGCAGUGCGCCGAGCUGCUGCUGGAGCACGGGGCCCUGGUGAACCUGAGCACCAGGGACAGGCGGACGACCCCGCUGCACGUGGCCGCCGAGCACGGCCUGGAGGCGCACGUGCAGCUCUACCUGUGCUACGGGGCCGCCCUCGCCCACCGGAACCGGGAGGGGGAGACGGCCCUCAACGCUGCCUGCGCCAACGCUGACAAGCCCGCCGAGGCCGAGCGCUACUACAGGGUGGCCAAGCGGCUGCUGGAGUGCGGGGCCGACGCCAGGACGGCCAGCAGGAAGAACCACACCCCGCUCCACAACGCCUGCAGCAACUGCCACCCCCGCCUGGUGGCGCUGCUGCUCCGGCACGGGGCUGCCGUGAACGUCCGCAACUGCGCCGGCUACACGCCCAUGGACUGCGCCCUGCAGGCGGUGGAGGAGUACCUGGACAGGCAGCCCGAGAGCAUCAUCGCCACCUUACUGGACCACGGGGCGGCAGCCAUCAACCCCAAGAUGCUGAAGUUCUGCUCCUUGGCCCCCCGUGCCCUAGAAGUCGUGCUGAACUCCUACGACCGGAUCCCAUCCUGCGAUUCCUGGGUGGAAAUGGUGCCUCCGGAGAUGUGGCAGGAGCACAAGACGUUUUACGACUCUGCUCUCCAGAUGACGAACCAGCCCCGUCAGCUGCAGCACCUGGCGCGCUGCGCCCUGCGAAAGCACCUGGGAGCGCGGUGCCAUUCCGCCAUCCCCGAACUCAACCUGCCCCCGUCUCUGCGGGAUUAUCUGCAGCUCCCUCUUGAGGGCUACAUCCGGUGAAAGAGA